AUGGAAACAACUAAUUCUCAAGCAACGGAGCCUCUGUAUGUUAGACAAGAUUCUUCAUCUGAACCUCGCAAAACCGUAACCUUCAACUUACCACAGACCAGUGCAGAAUCUUCGAGUGUGCUCGACGAUACUGCUCUUCCCAACGGUUAUGGUAGCGUUAGUACUGAGGUGUCAGGUUCCCCAGAGGAAUAUGACGACCCUUUCCUUUUGGUUUCUCUAAGAGACCAAAAAAAACCGCUACCGAGGCCAAAAUUUGUAAUUUUAUUAUAUUUAAUAGCUUUAUUGGAUUUAGCCAUUGUUUGUAUUUGUAAUUUAUUUUUAAUUCAUAAAGAAAAUUCUGAUCGUUGGGAUUGGAAGAAGGCGGAGUGGGAUUUGGAAAUAUUGGCAUUUUUAAGAUUUUUUGUGGUAGUCGGAGUAGCUUCUUCCACUUGGUUUCAGAAAUUGCGAUGGAUAUUGGGUGGAGCUUGUUGUUUGUCCUCAUUGUAUAUAAUUUUCAAAUCAAAUUUCAUGUUUCAACACAAGAAACCCGCCCACGGAUAUAGUCUUAUCAUAAUCGCAUCUUCAUUUUUCUUUAGUCAAAUACACUGGGUCGCAAACAUCAUUGUAACUACUGAUGCGCGACGUCGUUCUUCAUUCUUACGAGAUAGUAGCAUAUACUUUGAGGAGGAAGACAGCGGCAAUUCCGGGGUUUAUGCUAGUGAUGCAUUGACCGACGGUCAGGCUGGUUCUUCAUCUUUAAGGUUUUAUGGCGCCACCAAUGACGGUGGAGACGUUGAUAAAGUUCCAAUCGGUGUUUCAGGCGGUAAAAUACCUCAAACUCCGCGGACCCAUGAAAUUUUUUGA